CCUCCUCUUCUUCUUGCGGAAUAAGAAGAGGAGCCGCGGCGGCGUGUAUAGUCGUGUGCCCGAGGUCCCCCAAGCGCGCAGCUCACACAAACACACCCUCGCACCACGCCCAGCUCCGGCGAGAUCUUCCGGCGGCCGGCGACAUGAGCCGCGGCACGGGCGCGGGGUAUGACCGCCACAUCACCAUCUUCUCCCCCGAGGGACGCCUGUACCAAGUCGAGUACGCGUUCAAGGCGGUGAAGUCGGCGGGCGUCACGUCGAUCGGCGUCCGCGGCGCGGACUCCGUCUGCGUCGUCACCCAGAAGAAAGUGCCGGAUAAGUUGCUGGAUCAGACGAGCGUGACACACCUGUUCCCGAUCACCAAGUUUGUAGGAUUGCUUGCCACUGGCCUUACAGCUGAUGCAAGGUCAUUGGUUUCCCAAGCAAGGAACGAAGCAGCUGAGUUUCGUUUUAAAUGGGGCUACGAGAUGCCAGUUGAUGUGUUAGCAAAAUGGAUUGCUGACAAAGCUCAAGUUUACACGCAGCAUGCAUACAUGAGACCCCUUGGAGUAGUUGCUAUGGUCUUGGGCUACGACGAAGAGAAAAAUGCCCAGCUAUUCAAAUGCGACCCUGCUGGUCACUUCUUUGGACAUAAGGCAACUAGUGCCGGGCUCAAGGAGCAGGAAGCAAUAAAUUUUCUGGAGAAGAAAAUGAAGGAUGAUCCUAAAUUCACCUAUGACGAAACUGUUCAGAUUGCAAUAUCUGCAUUGCAAUCAGUUCUCCAGGAAGAUUUCAAGGCCACUGAGAUCGAGGUUGGUGUUGUGAGAAAAGAAGACCGUGUUUUCAGAGCUCUCACAACAGAGGAGAUCGAUCAGCACCUGACGGCAAUUAGUGAACGGGACUGAGGUCAUAUGUUCAUGUCAGCGCUCCACACACUGGGCCGUGCCAUUGUGCUUCGGCACUCUCAUUUAGUUUCAUAGUCAUCAAAGGAACUGAGUGUACCAUUUCAUGUCUAACACUGAAAACAAGCCCCCCCUCGAUGUACUCGUUUCAUAUCUUUCUGUGGUUGAUUGAAUUUGGUACGUUUUGGUUUUGUGUUGCCAACUAUGUUUGAAUGGCUGAGCGAUUGGUA